GUAAUGUUACACUGUUUUUAUUUUUAGAAAGCAUGGGCAAAAUAUUCAACAAAUGGGUGAUGUUAUGUGAAAAGCUUCACAGGUUUAUAGGAAGGAAGUAUGAGAGAUGGGGUCACAUAGUAUAUAAUCACACCAAGCUAGUUAUUGCUCUUAGCUUGACAGCAUGCCUAAUACUCUGUGCAGGAUUCUUAAAGUUCAAUAAAUUCGGCCAAUCUGAACGCAUAUUUUAUCCCCAAAAUAGUCAAAUAUUUCGAGAUUUAGACCGAUCAGAGCCUUCAUUUGAUUAUUAUGUGCAACAAGAAGAAUUUUUAAUAUCUAGUCUUGAUGGUCAGUCUGUAUUAACAAAGGCUGUUUUUACAAGAGCUUUGCAUCUUCAUAAACAGUUGAUUAAGAUUGGAGGCUUUGACAACUUUUGUGUAAAAACAAGGACUGGUUCAUGUCUGGUCGUCAGCCCUUUAGAACUUUUUAACUAUACAGAAAGCAAUUUUGAGAAUAUUAAUGCAGUGUUAAUAAAGGCUGUUAACAAUAUGUCUUAUAUAAUGGAUAAUGGAUAUACAGCACGCACAAAUCUCCCACUUAUUUUUGGAAAUUUUAUAAUUACCCAAACCAAUAUAUCUUCUAACAUAAUCAGAGUAAUUUAUCCAGUCAAAUUUCCAAAGUCACGUGGGAAGUACGAACAAAACAGUAAAUGGGAAGCAAAAAUGUUGGAGUUAAUGAGAACUGCAAAACCCCAGUUUAAGCAUGAAGGAUACGAUCUUAUAUUUAAUGCAGUGCGAAGCGUUCAUGACAGCAUAGAAAAGAAUACAGAAGAUAAUUUUUUACUAAUCAAUGCUUCUAUUGCUUCUAUGGUUUUGUUUUGUGCUAUUGCUAUGACGCGGCUGGGAAGUAAAGUCAACGGUCAUUUCCUGCUCAGUUUGUUUGGGAUUUUGUGCAUUGUACUUGGAACUGGUGCUGGUUUUGGGUUUGUUUUAUUUAUUGGCCAACCUUACGUUGGAUUUGUUGGUGUGCUACCAUUUUUAGUCCUGGGUAUAGGCAUCGAUGAUAUGUUUAUAAUUAUUAAUAGCAUAGAUCAUAUUGAUUUUAAAGGAGCUGAACGUUUAGGCCAUGCAAUGAAAGUAGUUGGAUUUUCAGUUACUAUGACAACAUUAACCGACUUAGUGGCAUUUUUAAUUGGAUCUGUAUCGCGAUUUCCUGCUAUUCAAAUAUUUUGUAUAUAUGCUUUUUUCUCAAUUUCUUUUGCCUUCCUUAUGAUAAUGACACUGUUUAUGGCAUUAUUAUCCUAUGAUAUAAAGAGGGUAGAAAAUGGUAGACAUGACUGUUUACCCUGCAUAUCAACAAGUAAAUCCAAAGAAACCACUGACAGCCAAGAAUUAUUAAAUGCAGAGAAGAAUGUAACGUACACUGAAAAGGCUAUGACUUGGUUUGGUCAGAUGCUGAUGUUGCCUUUAACAAAGGUAUUUGUUGUUCUGUUCGGACUGGCAAUCAUUGGAAUUGGAGCGUAUGGAACCUCGAAAACCGACAUUAAUUUUGAUUAUAAAAUAGUGGGCUCUGAUAGCACAGAACACGUGCAUUGGAUCAACACUAUCGAAAAAUAUUUCCCUAUAUUUAAACAAUUUCGUAUAGACAUCGUUUUAGAUGCAAAAGGUAUUGAUUACUCCAGUAAGGAGAUACAAAAACAGUUCUUUCUUUUGAAUGAUAUUAUCGAAGGAGACGUCCACUUCUCAAAUGACACUGUCAAUUGGAUGACUUCGUUUUUAAAUUGGAAUAGCACCCUAACUAACAACUCGAAUAAUUUUUGUGAAAACCUGAACCUUUUUUUGAGUAUUUAUAAAGAAUUUAAACAAGACAUUGUUUUUUCCUCUCCGUGUCAAAUCUCAGCCUCAAGGAUACAUGUGAUGACAAAAGAAAGCUUGAGUUGGUCGUUUCGUAAAGACGCUAUGAUUUCCUUACGCAAAGCUUUAAAAACCAGAACGAACAAAGACUUUUUUGCAGUUGUUUUUGCGUAUAUUUACGCGUCGCAUCUGGACGUCAUUAUCAAGGACACAUUGACGAACGUCGCCAUAUGUUGUUCCGUGAUACUUGUUGUGACUCUGCCGUACGUCAUCAAACCAGUGGUGUCGUUCUUGCUACUGUUUUCAUUUCUGUGUUUUAUAAUUGAACUGCUUGGAGUAAUGUUUUUCUGGGGAUUAUCGUUGAACUUGAUCACAAUGAUAGUAAUGGUGAUGGCUGUUGGUUUUACCGUUGACUAUAGCUGCCAUGUUACUCAUGCUUAUUUAAUAUCCAGUGAAGAGACACCUGAAAGGCGUGUCGUUGAUGCCAUGAGAAGCAUGGGUUUAAGUGUGUUAAAAGGAGGUUUGAGUACAUUGACUGGCAUUAUCGUGUUAUCGUUGAGCGACAGCAAGUUGUUUAUUCUUUUCUUCAAGAUGAUGUUUUCAAUUGUGUUGCUGGGAUUAUAUCAUGGAAUGAUUGUUUUACCAGUGUUGUUGACAGUAUUUUGCAGAACAAAGAGCAUUCAUACCGUACUGCAACAUGAAGCCAACAGAAAAUUUAACCAUAACAGAGAAAAUGGCAAGCUAUUAAAAGAAGACUCUAAUAAAAUAGAAAAUGGUAGAACGGAAACGAGCAUUAUCACUAGUUUAUAACGAGCUUCUAACAGUUACGAUCGCGUGUUUGUUUGUUAUCGACGACAAAGCUGUUUUUACGCCACGCCGGAAUUAUUUCGGUGUUUUUGCGACGAGUUUUUCGACGAAUUUAUUUAUUCAUUACCUGUUACGCAGUGAGCGUAUUAAUUACACGGCGAUUCUCAGUUGUCGCCGACACUCUUUUUUCAUUUUAUUUUUAAAUAUUUAGAAUAUAUAUUAUAAAAUUAGAUGAAACAUGGAGGCACUGGAGGGAAAUUUUAUUUGCUAAGCAAAAUUAAAAUUUAUUGCUGUUUGCAUUCUCUAUUGUGAAGAACAGUGACUAAUUUUCAUUGACUAAAAACGGUUACUUUAUUGUGUAUAUAUAUAUCGACGAAUUGCGAUUAACGAGAAUCUGUACAUCUGCCCUGCAAAUCUGCUUUGCUUUAGCGCUAACCUUGAUGUAACAAUUGUAUUACACAUCUACGUAGUUCGUGUGUCCCUAAAACAACAAUAACAUCCACUUUACGGACCUAAAGCUUGCUUGUAGCUCACGCGCGCCUAUGGCGCAUGCGUUGAGAAAUCAGGUCUUAUAAAAACUUCGAGCAGAGCCGGAGCCAAGCAAAGCUGGUUUACGGGUAGGCUUGAUUACUUACAGUAAGACUAAACCAACCCUUAUAUAUUUGUGAAUAGGACUAUAUAUAAUAUUAACAUGGAUCCAAUUGGAUUGCACUUC